AUGGAAAAGUCAGAAGUAGAAGCUCAAAAAGAUUAACUUGAAGCAACUUAAGAUAACCCUAAUGCUCAAAAUGAAGAAAAGAAGAAAAAGAAGAAGAAAAAGAAGAAUAAAAACAAGGAAGUAACAGAGGAGUAAAAAGACACUGAAAAUCAAGAUUUAGCUAAAACUCUGCAAGAUAAUGUUCAGUAAAGCAAACCUGAAUAGAAGAAAUAGGUUGAAGAAGAGAAAAAAGGAGAUGAUAAUGAAGGAGACGAUGGAGAGAGUGGUGAUGAAGAAGAAAAAGAUCCAGCUAAGAAGAAAAAGAAGAAGAGAAACAGAAAGAAGAAGAAGGCUGGAGAAGGAGCAUCGUCAGAUAUUGUUUAUGAUUUGAGAGAACAAGACAAUUCAUUAUUCAGAACAUUAGGCUCGUGGAAAGCAGGUGAUUACAGGCAAACUAGCCCACCAACUAUUCCUAUCGUUUAGUAAUACAAAGAUGGGAAAUAUCCUGUUAAUGAGAUCUAGGAAUACACUUAAGAUCACAAUAGAAGAAGAAUUACAGAUGCAGAAUUCAGAGAGAAGGAAAGAUUAUUUAACUCAGACUAUGAAGUAUUGAGAAAAGCAGCAGAGUGCCAUAGGCAAGUAAGAAAGUAUGCUUAGCAGUAUAUCAAGCCAGGAAUGAAGCUAGUAGAUAUUUGUGAAGCCAUUGAAAAUACCAAUAGAAGAUUGAUUGAAGCGAAUAAAUUAGAAGCAGGCAUUGCUUUCCCGACAGGAGUUUCUAUCAAUCAUGUAGCUGCUCAUUACACUCCAAAUCCAGGCGAUCAAAGAGUACUUGAGAAAGAUGAUGUGAUGAAAGUUGAUUUUGGUACUCACGUGAGAGGUUUGCUAGUGGACUGUGCUUUCACAGUAGCAUUUAAUCCUAGAUAUGAUAAUCUUCUUAUGGCUGUAAAAGAUGCAACUAAUACUGGCAUCAAGGAAGCAGGAAUAGAUGUGAGACUUUGCGAUAUCGGAGAAGCUAUCUAAGAAACUAUGGAAAGUUAUGAAGUAGAAAUAGAUAACAAAGUCUAUCCAGUUAAAGCAAUCAAGAAUUUAUGUGGCCAUUCAAUCGCUUAAUAUCACAUUCAUGCAGGUAAAAGUGUGCCUAUAGUUAAAGGUGGUCCAGCAACAAAGAUGGAAGAGGGUGAAUAAUAUGCUAUUGAAACCUUUGGAUCAACUGGAAAGGGUCAUGUUGUUGAAGAUUUAGAUUGUAGUCAUUACAUGAAAGAUUUUUAUGCCAGUCCAGUUCCUAUCCGCAAUCCUAAAGCAAAAGCUUUGCUCUCUCAUAUUGAAUAAAACUAUUCAACUUUAGCUUUCUGUAGAAGAUGGAUCGAAGAUGCUGGAUUCGAGAAACAUUUGAUUCCUCUUAAAGCACUUGUUGAUUCAGGAAUCAUUAAUCCCUAUCCACCACUUACUGAUGUCCCUGGCUGCUAUGUUGCUCAAUGGGAGCACACAAUUCUGUUAAGGCCCACUUGCAAAGAGGUCCUAACUAGAGGUGAUGAUUUUUGA